AUGGCCAAGUACAAGGUUGUAAUGGUAAGACACGGUGAAAGUGAAUGGAACCAAAAAAACUUAUUCUGUGGAUGGUAUGAUGCUUUAUUGAGUUGCAAAGGUUUGUACUUAAUUUAAUAUAUUUUCUGACAAAAACAUACCAAGGUAUUAAAAUGUUGUAUGUAUUUUAGAUUUUGAGUAGGACUAAAAAGCUUAUAGUUUUACAAAGAUAUUUAUUUAUUUUUUUUUUUUUCUGUGAACCAUUUUUCUAUCAGAAGAUUUGCUCAGAUUUUUAAGUGUAACACCUUUCCUGAAAGGAAAUCAAUGUGGGGAAGUAUUUUAGAAAGGUUAUUUUUCGAUUUUCUCAGGAAUCCUAAUCAAAUUUGAAAAACCAAAAAAAAACUGGAAUAUGUAAAAAACAUAUUACUAAAAUAUUAAAAUUUUUUUUCCUGUGUACAACUUUUCGACCAGUAAUUUUGAUCCAACUUAUAAUGAUAGCAAUGUUUCUUAAAGAUAAUUUCAUUAGGGAGGUAUUUCAAAGAGGUCAUUUCUCGAUUUCCCCAAAAGUUUUCCCAGCAAAUAUGAAAAACCAAGAAAAAAUAUAGGGAAAACGGCCCAUUAAACAAAUAUAAUUAAAGAAAAUACAUAUCUAUUUAAUUAUUUUACUAUAAAAUGACAUAUUUUUGACAAAGUACCAUUAUCAACUAAACUCCACUUAGAAUCGUUUUUUCAGAAGUAAUGAUUUAUCAUUGUUUAUAGGUAUACAUUAAAUUUUCUAUAACAGUGGCUGUACCCAUACCAAUUAUCCUAGGAUGUCUUAUUUUUAAAUUUUGGUUAAAUGGGAAUAUAAAUAAUGUGUAUUAAACAGGUGAAGAAGAAGCAGCUAGUGCUGGUAAAGCUUUGAAACAAGGCAAUUACAAAUUUGAUGUAGCUCAUACAUCUGUGUUGACAAGGGCACAAAAUACUUUAUGUGCAAUUCUAAAAGAACUUGGUCAAGAGGACAUUCCGAUAUCAAAAACUUGGCGUUUAAAUGAAAGACAUUAUGGUGGUCUAACUGGACUCAAUAAAUCUGAAACUGCAGCUAAGUAUGGUGAAGAGCAGGUAAUAAUCACAUCAAUUAUUAAAUUGUUUGCUAUUUUUACAUACUCAUAAAUUUAUGUAAUGUACCUUCAGGUUCAAAUAUGGAGACGUAGUUUUAAUACCCCUCCACCUGCUAUGGAAAAAGAUCAUGCUUACUAUGAUCAAAUUGUAAAUGAUUCCCGUUAUAAAGAUGGACCUCCCAAAGACGAGUUCCCAAUGUUUGAAUCAUUAGAAUUGACAAUUAAAAGAACUUUGCCAUACUGGAAUAAUGUAAUUAUUCCACAAUUGAAAGAAGGAAAACACAUUUUGAUAGCUGCUCAUGGGAACAGUCUUAGAGGCAUAGUUAAACAUUUAGAUAGUAAGUGUUCAUUUCAAAAAUAAAACUUUUUGUUUUAAUUUAAGGUGUAUCCUUUUAAAUAAGUAUUGACAUUUUAAUCCCAAUAAAUGCAAUGUUUUGAAUCUUUUUAUGAAUGAUCGGUAACCUAAUUGAUUCCUAUGAAUUUUUAACAGUUAUUUAUUUAUUGCUCCCAUAAUUUUGAUUUGAUAUAUCCAUUUAGCUUUCUAUUUUUUAUUUACAUAUUUGUAUUAAGUAAGUGUGUUACAUAAUUUAAAAUAGGUGCAAAUUAGAGAAGUCUGGGGGAGAUUAUUCCUUCCAAAUUAAUUCUUUAACAAAUAAAUAUUAAGUACAUUCACAUAAUCAAUAUAAUAGGAUUUUCAGCUUCCCCCCCCCCCCCCCNCCCCCCCCCAUAAAAAAAUAAAAAAAUAUUUGAGUUAUUUAUGACUAUAGAAAUUAACGUAAAUAUCUUAAAUUAAUAACAUAAGCAUAACUAAUAAAAAUAUAAUAUUCAUUCUAGAUAUCUAAUGAUUUAGUAAUUUCAAUAUUUAUAAGCAUAAUUAUUUUUAUCUUUCUGAUUAUAAUUGUAAUUAGUAUUCUGUACUUGAAACCCAUCUUUUUUUAAAAUUAUUUUACGGUAAUAUUUGUUUAUUUAGGUAAUUGAAAAAUUAAAAAUUAAUAUUUAUUUAAUAUUUAAUAUUUUAUCAAUAUGUACUUUAAAAAGACAUAUAUAUAGGUACUUCUGAAUAAUAUUUUUAAAGUUUUUGCAAUAGGACUUUUUUUUUUUUAUUAUUAUAAUAAAUGGUAUUAUAAAAAUAAAUAUACAAUCUAUAAUUAGGUAUUACAAUAAGUGAAUGUGAUAAGUUCAGGAAGAAAAAGAAGACAGGAUAGAGGCAACCGUACAUUGGUAUUACCCUCAAAAUAUAAAUUUAAAUUUUCUACUUUCCAAAAAAAUUAAUUGCACUAAUCACACAUUUAUGGUUUGUUUGUAUUCAUUGGGAUAUUAAUUUAAAUAUUUAUUUAAUUUUCUUUUUUUUUUUUCAAUACUUUGGUUCUCUUUCAAUAGGUAUGCUAUCUACUGUAAAUUUAUGUUGAUUUAGUAUACGAUUUAUAAAUACAAAUUGUCUUAUCUUUAUAAUGCAGUAUUUCUACUUUGUCAAUUUUUCUGAAUCCUGUUUCCUAUUAUUUUUAAUAACUUCAUUCAAUUCACCACUACAAAUUGUUUAGUUUUUAAUUUUAGUAGAUGUUUUUUAUUAGGUAAUAAACCAUAGUUUUUUUAAAAAGCAUACUCACAUUUUUUCAUUUUAAUAAUAUGUCGAUACAAAAAACUCAGUUGAUUCAUUUUUGUCAUGAAAAGUCUAAUUUAAUUAAUUAAAUUAAUUUCAAUGAUAGAAUAUUUAGAGAUAUAAUAAAAUUUGAUAUUAAUUCCAAAGUAAUAGUUUAUACAGUAGUUAGCAUACUAAACUACCACUGUUCGGUAAAUAGCAUAAUGAAUGAAUGCCGAUAUUUCAAAUCAUUUAAUACAAUUAGUUUUACAAAUUCCUUUGUCUGUCAAUUCACCUCUAUACAAGUUAUUGUCACCAAUGUUCUACUGUUCAAACAUUUAAAUAAUGUAUUCAUGUAAUUUAUAAAAUUUACCAUUUCAACAGAAUUUUUUUAUUUUAAUUUGAUUUUAUUAUUCAAUUAUGAGUUGUUUAUGUUAGUGAAUUACUUAGUAAUUAGAUUUAAUAAUGAUAAGAAAUAGGUAAUAAGUGUAAUAUGUAUUUUAUUAUUAGAUUCACAUUUGUUUUAGUUUUUACCACAUAAUUUGUCUAUUGUAUUAUUAUACAUCUUACUGCUAUCAGUUGACUGUUGACCAUUCAAUCUAAUAAAGCUUAUGGUUUUGAAAAAUAACCACUUAAAAACAGUCAAUCUUGCUUUAUAGUUACAGGUACUAGGUCCACUAUGCUUCUUGCUCGAUUUAAUUUUAUAAUUAAUUAUUUAAGAUUUGAUAGACACGAAAUAUAGUAACAUUCUUAUGUGAGGAUAUCAUAUUGCAUAACUUUCAACAGUGUAUUAGUAUACCAAUGUAAACUAUUCUGAAAUUUUGAUUCAUUCUGUUAAAUAGUACAGUCAAUACUAAGAAAAAAUAAACACUGAUGAAUCAAUAAACUUAUUGGCAGAUAAUGUCAAUAAAGCUGUAUGAUAUAUUACACAUUACUGAUUAAUUAUUAAAUCCCUUUAACACUUUCCCUGUGUCAUGUUAUCAUAAAUAAUUGUUGAAUGAAUACAUCUCAUAAAAUAAAAUUAUUACUUACAAAUUAUAAUACAAAUAAUUUACAGAUAUGACUGAAGACCAAAUCAUGAACCUUAACUUACCAACUGGUAUACCAUUUGAAUACGAGUUAGAUGAGAACUUUAAACCUGUGGUUUCAAUGAAGUUUUUGGGUGAUGAAGAAACAGUUAAAAAGGCAAUAGAAGCUGUUGCUGCACAAGGCAAAGCAAAGUAA